GAAGAGUUGGCGCUUGACUCCUUGUCCAUCGAGGAAUUUCAGGAGAAAAAUGCGCAAUUCUUCUUAUUAUCAAAUGUAAAAAUGUCUGGGUCUGCAAACUUGUGAUGCUGGGUGGCGUCUCAUGAUGAGGCUACAGAUGCUGGCUCAGCAUGACAAGUUUCUGAGCUCCUAGGUGUUGCCUAUUCUGCAUGACAAACUGCGCUUCUGCAUCACAGAAAAACGGAGCUCUUGGGUAACGUGCAUGACAGACUUAAGAGUCAUGCCAGACAAGCAUGACAAACAUGAAUUCUUCCAGACCCAGACACUUUUACAGUUGAUACUUAUUUGCAGUCGGCCGUUUCUCGAAAAACAGCUGCGCGGAGGAAACGCCUUUUGCUCUGUCGAGGAAUCGCACUGGGUCGGAUUUUUACCUGGUUUCUUUUAUCCGUCGACACGAGCACACAGGCGAAAUCAUCCCUGUAUUCGGCCAGGGAACCGCCGCAAGAACGACACAACAAAGAGCGCACCGACUUGAAUUGUGAUGCCUCGACGCAAAAUCAAGAAGUAGAAACGCCAGGCAAUAGCCAGACCACUAAGCCGACGAGG